CGGGCGCGGGGACGGCUCCGGGGGGCGGGGGCCGGGGCCCGGGCCGGCUCGAGCGGGGGGUAUGAUGACCCGGCGGCGGGGCCCCGGAUCGCGUCUCCUCCGCCGCCUCCUCGCGGCGGCCCCGACUCGCGGCUGAGAACUACACACACCGGCGGUAUGGCAUCACAGCUGCAGGUGUUUUCCCCCCCAUCAGUGUCGUCGAGUGCCUUCUGCAGUGCGAAGAAACUGAAAAUAGAGCCCUCUGGCUGGGAUGUUUCAGGACAGAGCAGCAACGACAAAUAUUAUACCCACAGCAAAACCCUCCCAGCUACACAAGGGCAAGGCAGCUCCUCUCACCAGGUAGCAAAUUUCAAUAUUCCUGCUUACGACCAGAGCCUCCUCCUCCCAGCUCCUACAGUGGAGCAUAUUGUGGUAACAGCUGCUGAUAGCUCAGGCAGUGCCGCUACGGCAACCUUCCAAAGCAGCCAGACCCUGACUCACAGGAGCAACGUUUCUUUGCUUGAGCCAUAUCAAAAAUGUGGAUUGAAAAGAAAAAGUGAGGAAGUCGACAGCAACGGUAGUGUGCAGAUCAUAGAAGAACAUCCCCCUCUCAUGCUGCAGAACAGAACUGUGGUGGGUGCUGCUGCCACGACCACCACUGUGACCACGAAGAGUAGUAGUUCUAGCGGAGAAGGGGAUUACCAGCUGGUCCAGCAUGAGAUCCUUUGCUCUAUGACCAACAGCUAUGAAGUCUUAGAGUUCCUAGGCCGGGGGACAUUUGGACAGGUGGCAAAGUGCUGGAAGCGGAGCACCAAGGAAAUUGUGGCUAUUAAGAUCUUGAAGAAUCACCCCUCUUAUGCCAGACAAGGACAGAUUGAAGUGAGCAUCCUUUCCCGCCUAAGCAGUGAAAAUGCUGACGAGUAUAAUUUUGUCCGUUCUUACGAGUGUUUUCAGCAUAAGAAUCAUACCUGCCUUGUGUUUGAGAUGUUGGAGCAGAACUUGUAUGACUUCCUAAAGCAGAACAAGUUCAGCCCACUGCCACUCAAGUACAUCAGACCAAUCUUGCAGCAGGCGGCCACAGCUUUGAUGAAGCUCAAGAGUCUGGGUCUGAUCCAUGCCGACCUUAAACCUGAGAACAUAAUGCUGGUUGAUCCAGUCCGUCAGCCCUACCGAGUGAAAGUCAUCGACUUUGGCUCUGCCAGUCACGUUUCCAAAGCUGUGUGUUCAACCUACCUGCAGUCACGCUACUACAGAGCCCCUGAAAUCAUUCUUGGAUUACCAUUCUGUGAAGCUAUUGACAUGUGGUCACUAGGCUGUGUGAUAGCUGAGCUGUUCCUGGGCUGGCCUCUUUACCCUGGUGCUUCAGAGUACGAUCAGAUUCGUUAUAUUUCACAAACACAAGGCCUGCCAGCUGAAUAUCUUCUCAGUGCUGGGACAAAAACUACCAGGUUCUUCAACAGAGAUCCUAAUUUAGGGUACCCACUGUGGAGGCUUAAGACACCUGAAGAACAUGAAUUGGAGACUGGAAUAAAGUCAAAAGAAGCCCGGAAGUACAUUUUUAACUGUUUAGAUGACAUGGCUCAGGUAAAUAUGUCUACAGACUUAGAGGGAACAGACAUGUUGGCAGAGAAAGCAGACCGGAGAGAAUACAUUGAUCUCUUAAAGAAAAUGCUGACGAUUGAUGCAGAUAAGAGAAUCACCCCUCUGAAAACUCUGAACCAUCAGUUUGUGACAAUGACUCACCUUCUGGAUUUUCCACAUAGUAACCAUGUUAAGUCUUGCUUCCAGAACAUGGAGAUCUGCAAGCGGAGGGUUCACAUGUAUGACACAGUGAGUCAGAUCAAGAGUCCCUUCACUACACAUGUUGCUCCAAAUACAAGCACAAAUCUAACCAUGAGCUUCAGCAACCAGCUCAACACAGUGCACAAUCAGGCCAGUGUUCUAGCUUCCAGUUCUACUGCAGCAGCUGCUACUCUUUCUCUGGCUAAUUCAGAUGUCUCACUGCUAAAUUACCAGUCGGCUUUGUACCCAUCGUCUGCUGCACCAGUUCCUGGAGUUGCCCAACAAGGUGUUUCUUUACAGCCUGGAACUACCCAGAUCUGCACUCAGACAGAUCCAUUCCAACAAACAUUUAUAGUAUGUCCACCUGCUUUUCAGACUGGGCUACAAGCAACAACAAAACAUUCUGGAUUCCCUGUGAGGAUGGAUAAUGCUGUGCCAAUUGUACCCCAGGCGCCUGCUGCUCAGCCACUACAGAUACAGUCAGGAGUACUUACUCAGGGAAGCUGUACACCACUAAUGGUAGCAACUCUCCACCCUCAAGUAGCCACCAUCACACCGCAGUAUGCGGUGCCCUUUACCCUGAGCUGCGCAGCAGGCCGGCCGGCGCUGGUUGAACAGACUGCUGCUGUACUGCAAGCCUGGCCUGGAGGAACACAACAAAUUCUCUUACCUUCAACUUGGCAGCAGUUGCCUGGGGUAGCUCUACACAACUCUGUCCAGCCCACUGCAGUGAUUCCAGAGGCUAUGGGGAGUAGUCAGCAGCUAGCAGACUGGAGGAAUGCCCACUCUCAUGGCAACCAGUACAGCACUAUCAUGCAGCAGCCAUCUUUGCUGACUAACCAUGUGACGUUGGCCACUGCUCAGCCUUUGAAUGUUGGUGUUGCCCAUGUUGUCAGACAACAGCAAUCUAGUUCCCUCCCUUCAAAGAAGAAUAAGCAGUCUGCUCCAGUCUCCAAAUCCUCUCUGGAAGUUAUGCCUUCCCAAGUUUAUUCUCUGGUUGGGAGCAGUCCUCUGCGAACCACAUCUUCUUACAAUUCCCUAGUCCCUGUCCAAGAUCAGCAUCAGCCAAUCAUCAUUCCAGAUACCCCCAGCCCUCCUGUGAGCGUUAUCACUAUCCGCAGCGAUACUGACGAAGAAGAGGAUAACAAAUACAAGCCCAGUAGCUCGGGCCUGAAGGCGAGGUCUAAUGUCAUCAGUUAUGUUACUGUCAAUGACUCUCCAGAUUCUGACUCUUCCCUGAGCAGCCCAUAUCCCACAGACACUCUGAAUGCUCUCCGGGGCAACAGUGGGCCACUUCUGGAAGGACCUGGCAGGACUGCCACAGACGGCCCUGGCACCCGUACCAUCAUUGUGCCUCCAUUGAAAGCACAGCUUGGUGACUGCACUGUAGCAACCCAGGCCUCAGGUCUCCUUAGCAGUAAGACCAAGCCAGUGGCCUCAGUGAGUGGGCAGUCAUCUGGAUGCUGUAUCACCCCCACAGGGUACCGAGCUCAACGAGGGGGGACCAGCGCCGUGCAGCCACUCAACCUUAGCCAGAACCAGCAGUCAUCGUCAGCUCCAACCUCGCAGGAAAGAAGCAGCAACCCUGCUCCCCGCAGACAGCAGGCAUUUGUGGCCCCGCUCUCCCAAGCCCCCUACGCCUUCCAGCAUGGCAGCCCACUGCAUUCGACAGGGCACCCACACUUGGCCCCAGCCCCUGCUCACCUGCCAAGCCAGCCUCACCUGUAUACGUACGCUGCUCCCACUUCUGCUGCUGCACUGGGUUCCACAAGUUCCAUUGCUCAUCUUUUCUCCCCCCAGGGUUCCUCAAGGCAUGCUGCAGCUUAUACCACCCACCCUAGCACUCUGGUGCACCAGGUUCCUGUCAGUGUUGGGCCUAGCCUCCUCACUUCUGCCAGCGUGGCCCCUGCUCAGUACCAACACCAGUUUGCCACUCAGUCCUACAUUGGGUCUUCGAGGGGCUCAACAAUUUACACUGGAUACCCGCUGAGUCCUACCAAGAUCAGUCAGUAUUCUUAUUUGUAGUUGAGCACCAGGGAGGCUUCAUGCUGCCUGCUACUGGCCCUGAGUUCUUAAUGGGCUCUGGUGAACAUCUCCAUUACCUUCUCUUGAAAGUUCCUAGCCAGCAGCCCAUUCUGCAGGGGUCCACUGAAGCAGAAGGCUUUUCUCUAGGGAACCGCUCUCAGUGUUGACUGCAUUGUUGUAGUCUCCCAAGUCUGCCCUAUUUUUUAAUUCUUUAUUCUUGUGACAGCAUUUUUGGACUUUGGAAGAGCUCAGAAGCCCUUCUUCUGCAGUUUCCGAGGAAGAACGAUCAUUCUGAAGCUACCCUCUGAUGUAUAUUCUGUCUCACUGACUUGAUUUCUAGAAAUGCUUUUAAAAACAACUGAAGACCUUCUUUACUUUGUUUUAUUAAGAUUGCUGGUCAUAGGAAAAAUGCUGAUAGAAGGAUCUGAAAUCUUGUAACAGAUGAGAAAAAGUCAUUACUUUUGUUUGUUUAAAAACUAAGACUUCUUGCCUUUUAUUUUAAAGCAGCUUAUACAGGGCUGUACUUUUCCUGUCAGGCAUUUCUCCUCAAAAGUUGAUCUUUGCUAAUGGCACAUUGAAACUUAACAUGAUUUGGUUAUUUUUUCCAUGUUGUGUUUCCUGAUUGGGAAGUUAUUAGUACUUUUGGCAAAAAUGGCUAAGUUUGCAGUUACUUUUGUGUUCAUGGCAGAGUGGUGUUAAAAAGGCAGCCCACCACUUGGCUAGGAUCUGUGCCCACCAAGGACUCUUUUAAAUGAAGCACCAUGAAUUCCUUCUUAGAUUAUUUUUUUAAAGUCCUCUUUCUCUCGGUGGUUCGACUUAAAUUCUCCUACUAGAAAAGCCAGUGUGGUGGAUUUUUUGUUUGUUUUGCAUACAAUAGUGUGCAGAAUCUCUAGGAUGAGAUACUGGCACUGGUGAGCUUUGCCUAAGAUUUCUAUGAAUUUUCAAUAACAUGCCUCUGUGUUUUCCUCAUCUCCCCCUUCUGUUUCAUGUGACUUAUUUGAGAGAAAAGCUAGAGAAACUAAAAGCAGUUGUGUAUAGCUUUUCUACUUUAAAGUAGCUUCCUUUGUAUGCCAACAGCAGAUUGAAUGCUCUCUUAUUAAGACUUAUAUAAUAAGUGCAUGUAGGAACUGCAAAAAAUAUUUUAAAAGUUUAUUACUGAAUUUAAAAAUAUUUUAGAAGUUUUGUAAUGGUGGUGUUUUAAUAUUUUGCAUAAUUAAAUAUGUACAUAUUGAUUAGAAAAAUAUAACAAUUUUUCCUCUAACCCAAAUUGUUAUUUGUAAUCAACUGUGUAGUGAUUACACUUGAAUUGUGUAUUUAGUGUGUAUCUGAUCCUCCAGUGUUACCCCGGAGAUGAAUUAUGUCUCCAUUGUAUUUAAACCAAAAUGAACUGAUACUUGUUGGAAUGUAUGUGAACUAAUUGCAAUUAUAUUAGAGCAUAUUACUGUAGUGCUGAGUGAGCAGGGGCAUUGCCUGCAAGGAGAGGAGACCCUUGGGAUUGUUUUGCACAGGUGUGUCUGGUGAGGAGUUGUUCAGUGUGUGUCUUUUCCUUCCCCCUCUCCUCUCUUCCCUUAUUGUAGUGCCUUAUAUGAUAAUGUAGUGGUUAAUAGAGUUUACAGUGAGCUUGCCUUAGGAUGGACCAGCAAGCCCCAGUGAAUGAACCCCAAGCUGUUCGCUGGGAUUUAACAGAACAGGUUUAGUAGCUGUGUUGUGUAAAUGCAUUGUUCUCAGUCUCCCUGCCAACAGUGAAAAAUCAAAACAGCAGCUUUCCUUCUUUUUUUCUUCCCCACUUAAACUGGAAACACCUUUCUUGAUAGUUUAGGACAGUCACACAUACAAUGAAGUCUAGAAUUGUAGCACAUGGGCUAUUCUUCGCCCUCAUCAUCUCCUGCAGCACUAUCUGCCCCAGCCCCCUCAUUAUCCUUCUCUUGGGCAGUCAUGUCUUCACCGGCUUCAGAGAACUCCCCCUCCUCCAUGUCCUCACCCACACACCAGUGCACAAAGGCCCUCGUGAUCUAGGCUGUGGUGUUGCUCAGCAUGCACACAGCUCUCUGGACCUUGGCUAGGUCUCCACCAGGCGCCACAGUGGGAGAAGGCUGGCAAUUAAUGCCCACCUUGAAGCCAGUGGGGCACCAGUUCACAAACUGGAUAGUAUGCUUGGUCUUGAUGUGGUGGCAAUAUCAGCACUGACAUCUUUGGGAACCACAUCACCACAGUACAGCAGGCAGCCCUGUGUUUACCAUGGCGAGGGUCACGUUUCACCAUCAGGUUGGCUGGCUCUAAGCAGGCACCGGUGAUCUCUGCUGGUGGAGCAGCUCUUCCUUCUUUACUGCCACUUCUGUCCUGUUCCAUUUUGGACCUUUAGCUCAGCUCUCAUGGAAGCAUCCCCUGUGUGGCUUUCUCACUCUGCCUCAGUACCUGGCUUCUGUAAGAGUUCAGGAAGCAGGCGAGAGUAAUGAAGCCAGUACUUAAUAUGCUUAUUUGAAAGUAUGUGCAAUUACUUAGGAUGGGAUUUCUUUUUCUCUUUUCCCAUGUGGUAGCUCUUUCUGCGCAUAGGUGAUAUUACUAGUAAACUAUUUGCUUGCUUGUUUUUUUUUUUUUUAAGGCAUAUAACAGAUGUGUUAAUACCAAAGAGCCUGUUGUAUUGCUUAACAUGUCCCCAUACUAUGAGGAGGGUUUUCUAGAACGACUCGUGACAAGAAGCUCACAGAAAGGCUUCUGAGUCAGUGAAGAAUAUUAAAAAGAAACCAAAGCCUCUUGAAUCACCAAGGUUUUUGAGGUUUCUUUGUAACAACAUGUACAUUCUUGGGGCCCUUCAAGCUGUGAAGUUGUCCUAGUAUUCAACUCCUCCAUGGAUUUGGGUCAAGUUGAAGGUAUUGAGGAUGAGGACAUUCCUGCCCAUGAAGGAUCUGCAGGGAGAAGGUUAACCCUAAGCUACAGAUGUGUUCCACCUGAAUUGAAAAUGACAUUUGAGUGAUAAUUCUAGGAUUGGUUCUGUAUAGAGAUGGUGUUAGGGAGGUGCAGGAUGGAGAUGGGAGAUUUCAUGGAGCCUGGUCAGCAAGCUCUGGACCAGGUGAAACACUGAGGAGCUGUCGACGAAUUCAGAGUUUCUUCAUCAUGGGGAGUAAGGUUUUCCAGGGCAGGGCAGGUAGUCAGUACAGCCUGCCAGGAACAUGACCUAUUUUCUUUUUCUUUAAUUAUUAUAUUAAGCUCUGCAUUCAGCAAUCUGUUGGUUGAGAUAACCACAAAUUUAUUUGUGUAGUUUGUCACUAGUGUUAAACAAUUUAAGUCUCUGUGUGUGUGUGUAUGUGUGUGUGUGUGAUAUCUUUGUGUCUCCUUUUCCCCAAGCAUUCUGGUUUUCUUGUUUAAAUACAGUUCUAGUUUCUAGUCAGAACAUUUUUGUAUCUUAUCUUUCCUCUACAAGGACAAAAUUUACUGUUUUUGUAGGAAUGAGAUGCAGGGAAAAAACAAACCAACCCCCACCCUGCCCCCUCUUCUAAUAAGCAGUUUCUGUAGAUGGGAGUCUUAAGUCCAUGGGAGAAGAGAAUGCCCAAGCAUCAUCACCUCUAACAUCAGACUAGCAGUGUGACUUACAGACUUUGAGGUUCAGUCUGCAAAUUAACAUUUUACAUUGUCCAAGAUAACCCUCCCCUCUGCUGAGUGGUUUUACAUUCAUUCUGUCCUGGGGCUUAAACAUUGACUGCCCUGCUGGCAUGGAAGGAAGCCCUAUGAAUAAUAUAGUGAGUAGCUGACCUGGGUCAGCAUUGCCUGACCUUGAACUUGCAUUUCUGGCUUCUCCCUUUCCAGUUGAGGGGAAAUGGAAAGGGUUGCAUGGAACCACGCAGGCACACCAGGACACGUAAUCACUCCAGAGUUCCUAGUCGUUCCUAGGAGUUGAUUAGUAUUGUCAUGUUCAUCUGAAAUGCCAACCCUAGGAAUAAGAACCCCAUAUCAAACAAUUCUGGCCAUUCAGCCUGCUUUUGAGGUUGCUCACCCACCAUCCUCCACUAGAGGGGCUUAGCUUGACUGCCCUUAGCCAGGCAAGCACAGUAAAAUCUGUGUUUUAUUCUGCAUUCUUAUGCAGAGAUCUAUUAGUUGAGAUGGUUUUUUUUAGGAUAGGAAAUGAAAUUGCCUCUUAGUGACAGGAAUGGCCGAGCCUGCUUUGUAUUUUGACUUUUUUUUUUAACUGAUGGAUGGUGCAGCAUGUCUCCAUGUCUCCAUGGUUGUUUGUUGCUAAACUUUAUAUAAUGUUGUGGUUUCAAUUCAGCUUGAAAAAUAAUCUCACUAUAUGUAGCAGUACAUUAUAUGUACAUUAUAUGUAAUGUUAGUAUUUCUGCUUUGAAUCCUUGAUAUUGCAAUGGAAUUCCUACUUUAUUAAAUGUAUUUGAUAUGCUAGUUACUGUGUGUGGGUUAAACUUUUUUUCCUUUCUCCCUUUCCUGGUUGUGUGCUUCCUUUUACAACAAGCUUCUAGAAACAGGUAGUUCUGAGAAUUACUGAGCUAUGUUUGUAAUGCAGGUGUACUUAGGGAGUAUGUAAAAUAAUCAUUUUAACAAAAGAAAUAGCUAUUUAAAAUUUAAUACUAACUAUGGGAAAAGGGUCCAUUGUGUAAAACAUAGUUUAUCUUUGGAUUCAAUGUUUGUCUUUGGUUUUACAAAGUAGCUUGUAUUUUCAGUAUUUUCUACAUAAUAUGGUAAAAAGUAGAGCAAUUGCAAUGCAUCAAUAAAAUGGGUAAAUUUUCUGA